CCAAAGGGAACCCGAGCAGAAAAGAGGCCACGCCGCCCUUGCUAGCCAUUGGCUCUCCACGUGACCUGUGCCCGCUCGUCCCGCUCUCCUGCCGACCCACCUUGCCCUGCCCCAAUCCCGCGGGCCCCACCUGCUCCCCGCCCUGUGCAAACUCCGUGCCGGUGAGACAUCAAUCCGCGAUCCGCGGCAGGACCGGCCCAGGCAGCCUCCGAGAAAAGCAGCGCGCCCGCCCGCAGCGCAAAGGAAGACCUGCGAGUAGACCAUACCCCGCGAGCAGACCAUGCGGCUGGACCGACUUCGCGCGCGGCUGAGCGCCGUGGCCUGUGGGCUCCUGGUUCUCCUCGUCCGGGGCCAGGGACAGGACUCUGCCAGCCCCAUCCGGACCACGCACACGGGGCAGGUGCGAGGAAGCCUCAUCCACGUGAAGGGCACCGAUGUGGGGGUCCACACCUUUCUAGGAAUUCCCUUUGCCAAGCCACCUGUAGGGCCACUGCGGUUUGCACCCCCAGAGCCCUCAGAAUCUUGGAGUGGCGUGAGGGAUGGGACCUCCCACCCGGCCAUGUGUCUUCAGAAUGCCACUAUGAUGAAUGCAGAGGCUGAGAGCCUGUUUAACAUAACUGUGCCUUCCACCUCCAUGUCUGAGGACUGCCUGUACCUCAGUAUCUACACACCUGCCCAUGCCCAUGAGGGCUCUAACCUGCCUGUGAUGGUGUGGAUCCAUGGUGGGGCGCUUGUUGUGGGAUCAGCUUCCAUGUAUGAUGGUUCUGCGCUGGCAGCCUUUGAGGACGUGGUGGUGGUCACUAUCCAGUACCGCCUGGGUAUCCUGGGCUUCUUCAGCACUGGAGACAAGCAUGCAACCGGGAACUGGGGCUACCUAGACCAAGUGGCUGCACUACGCUGGGUCCAGCAGAAUAUCGCCCAUUUUGGAGGCGACCCUGACCGUGUCACCAUUUUUGGAGAGUCUGCAGGUGGCGCAAGCGUGUCCUCACAUGUCAUAUCCCCCAUGUCCCGAGGGCUCUUCCACGGUGCAAUCAUGGAGAGUGGUGUAGCUCUGCUGCCUGACCUCAUCACUGGCUCGUCUGAUGCGGUGUCCACGAUGGUGGCCAACCUGUCUGCCUGUGACCAGGUGGACUCCAAGGCCCUGGUGGGCUGCCUGCGGGGCAAGAGUGAAGAGGAGAUUCUGGCUAUUAACAAGCCCUUCAAGGUAAUCCCUGGCGUGGUGGAUGGGGCCUUCCUGCCCAGGCACCCGCUGGAGCUGCUGGCCUCGGACGAGUUUCGACCCGUCCCCAGCAUCAUUGGUGUCAACAACGACGAAUGGGGCUGGACCAUCCCCAUGUUCAUGGGCUAUGACACCCAGAAGGAAGUGGACAGAGAAUCCAUGCAGGCUCUUGUGCAGAAAACUUCAGCAGAGAUGAUGUUGCCUCCUGAGACUGGUGACCUGUUGAUGGAGGAGUACAUGGGGGACAAUGAGGAUCCCCAGACCCUCCAAGCCCAGUUCCGGGAGAUGAUGGGGGAUGCCAUGUUCGUGAUCCCUGCACUCCAAGUAGCACAUUUUCAGUGUUCCCAUGCCCCCGUCUACUUCUAUGAGUUCCAGCAUCGGCCCUCCCUCUACAAGGACAUCAAGCCACCCCACGUGAAGGCCGACCAUGGCGACGAGAUUCUCUUUGUCUUCAGAAGCUCCUUCUGGGGCAGCCACAUUAAACUCACUGAGGAGGAGGCGCUGCUGAGCCGGAGGGUGAUGAAGUACUGGGCCAACUUUGCUCGAAAUGGGAACCCCAACGGCGAGGGUCUGCCCCACUGGCCCGUGUUUGACCAGGAGGAGCGAUACCUGCAGCUGAAUAUACAGCCUGCAGCGGGCCAGGCCCUGAGGGCCCGCAGGUUCCAGUUCUGGACAAAGACCAUACCCCAGAAGAUCCAGGAGCUAAUGGAGGCUGAGAAGAAGCACGUGGAACUGUAGCUCCCUGUGU